GUCUGACAUGGAAGCCUUGGAGGGAACCAUACGAGAACUUCAAAUGGAACAAAGAAACAGCAGAGAAACUUCAAAAUGAUGUAUACGGUAUAAAACCAACAGCCGAGUCGGGUUUGAAAAAGUUAAAAGCCCUAACAAUUGGCCUAUGGGGGCAUGGAAAGGCCUCAUUGAUCAACUCAUUUGCUUCUAUAAGUGUAGGCGAAAAAACUACUGUUUGCGAUGCUUCUUCGGCGAACACACUUGUUACCACACAUUACAGAAAUGUUAUUUUUCCUGGUCCAUUGGAACACUUUGUUCCAGGUGAAAUUUCUGUAAUUCCAAGGGAAAAGUAUGUUCAUACAUGUGUAGAAAAUAUCAAACUUAUUCUACAAGGACAUAUCAAAGGUGGAUAUCAGUUUAAUUCAGGGAAAAGAAUAUCACCUGAAGACGAGUAUUAUGAAUCAACACCAACAUUUUCGGAUAGGAUUCAUUGUGUAAUGAUUGUCGUCGACAGUACAAAUGCGUGCGACCUUCCCGCAAACUUUGUAUUCGGCGUCAAGGCGAUCAUGCAAACCAUACAUUCAAUGAAUAUCCCUGUGAUAGCCGUUCUUACGAAAGCUGACAUGUUAUCAGAGCAUGUUAAAUACAGCGUAGAGUCAAUUUUCCGAUGUAGGAAAAUGCAACAGGCUGUUCAAAAGGUAUCUAAGCAACUAGAAAUUCCCGUUUCAAAGAUAUAUCCUGUUGUCACUUUUGAAGAAAUGGAUCACUUUACUUGGAGAGAGGCAAUUCCAAUAUUGAUUGUCUUGAGAUCCCUUCUUCGUAUGGCACAAGUGCAUUCACGCAAUGCUGAUGAGGUUGAAGUAUGAGUAAACAACCACAGUGCUUAAAGUUUGUUUCAAAACCUCUGAACAGACGACAUGCAU